AUGUCAAGUGCCGCCUUAUCUCCGAUCCCUGCAUACCUCGUCGGUACUGCCUUUCUCGGGGUCGGCCUCAUGGCAUUCGCGGACCCGAGUGGAGCGUACAAGCAAUUCGGCAUCCCACUGAGCCCAUCGCUCCCGGAGAAGACCCACCCCGCCGCCUACGGCGCCGCGUCUCCUUUCCUCUACGCCAAAGCAGCGCGCGACAUCACAUUCGGGCUCACGUACUUCCUCCUGCAAUAUACGCGCAAUGCUCGCGGCGUCACAGCUUUCUCGAUGGCCGCCGCCGUCACGGGGUGUGUGGAUGGCUGGAUCGCCUGGACGUACGGCGGAGAGCUGCGGGGUACUGCCUGGAAUCAUUGGACCGGCACGGCUGUCUUCACAGCUUGGGUUGCGAUGCGCCUCAUGAAACAUGCUGGCCACUGA